AUGCGGCUUGAUGGCACAGUGUUAGAUGUGGAGACUGGCUCGAUCGAACUUCAUCAGUGGCGGGGUCGCGUGAACAACUUUACAGACUGGAUAUUGUUUUUGUUGCAAUGUAACACGGACACGCAAUUUAUUGGGUUGGGGCUGCUGUCUUUUACAUCAGAGUAUAUUACGAAAGGGGAUGUA